CAGAUUGAGGAAAUGGUAUAUUCCCUGAACUAGCUUUUUAGUCUUCGUUUGAGAUGCUAAAUAAUAUUUCUUUCUUUUUUGUUAUCUACAGAAGGAUGCAGAUUUAGUCUCUUCGAGGUCGUCUAUCUUCGUGUCGUUAGAUUGGAAGGAACCCGUGCUGGAAUAUCUCGUCGACUAUGGUAUGCCUAACCCGCAACAUAUGGUACCCUGACCUACCCGAUAGCACCAUUAAUUUGGAUGUAGAAACUGGGAUGUUGCGCGAUGCAUAUUUGGUUUCUUCUUGUUUGUCCAUCUCUAUGUCAUCCGAUGGGAAGCAACCCGUGCUGAAAUGUCACGUCGACAACUCUAACCCGCAACAUAUGGCACCCGCUUCCCAAUUUGAUAUCGCCACGAUUUCGGAAGUAGAAAUGGGGAAGUUGUGCGAUGCAGAGCUGCAGGGUGUAAAAACCUGCAAGAAGCACAAAAGGAGUAUGAUUGAGGGAGAUGGAGCUGCAGUGGAGCAUUUUAUGGCCAACCCCGAGUUUAUGACCCAGAUUGAGGGAGACGGACCUGCCAUAGAGCAUGUUAUGCCCAACCCCGAGUUUUUGACAGAGAUUGAGCCCAACGCCGAGUUUUUGACAAAGACUGAGUGUGAAAGGCCUUCAAUGGAGCAUGUUAAGCCCAACCCCGAGUUCAUGACAAAGAUUGAGGGAGACGGAGGUGCAGUAGAGCAUGUUAUGCCCAACCCCAAAUUUAUGACCCAGACUGAGGGAGACGGACCUGCCAUAGAGCAUGUUAUGCCCAACCCCGAGUUCAUGACAGAGACUGAGCCCAACACCGAGUUUAUGACAGAGGCUGAGCGAGAAAGACCUGCAAUGGAGGAUGUUAUGCCCAAACCCGAGUUUUAUGACAAAGACUGAGGGAGUUGGAAACACAUAGAAUCUGGUUGUUUUAAUAUUCAUAUCAUCUUAUAUUCAGAAAUAUAUAGAAUUUUAGAUGAGUGGCUUAGAUGAUUUUCCUUAUAUUUGUCAGGAGUCAAGCAUGCUUGAAAGAUUUUCAAGUCUUGCUCCGGGUGUCUAGCCAGAAGAACAUAUUGCAAAGCCCAAAGAAGAUCUAAGUGUGAAGUUGCAGCUGGAAGAGAGAGACAGGGGUCCAGCAGCAGGAUCAAUAAGGUUAUUAAUUUUUC